GCGGGCCGAGAGGUUGCGCGAGAGCGGGCCGAGAGGUUGCGCGGGAGCGAGGCUGCGCGAGAGCGGGCCGAGAGGUUGCGCAGGAACGGGCCGCGUAAUAACAAACGCAAUGCCCCCGAAGAAAGCUCCUACGGUCGAGGAGAUUGAGGAUAUUAAAAAAUCCCUCGACUUUCUGGGGGAAGAAAUCUCUGCUGUCAGGGUGCAGCAGAAGACCAUCCUGGACCUGGUAGAAGAGGUCAAAGCUCUGAGGCUGCAGAAUUCAGAGAAGGCAAAGAGGAUCGCCAUUCUCGAGAACCGAGUGGAGGAGCUGGAGCAGUACACCCGGAUGAAUGACAUCAUUGUGACCGGACUGCAAAUUCAACCCCGCUCAUAUGCUGGAGCAGUGGCGAGAAGAGACGGAGAGGAACUGAAUGAGGAGGAUGCUAACUCUGUGGAGAAACAGGUGUUAGCAUUCCUGCACUCCAAGGGGAUUGAGGUAAAAAGCAAUAACAUCGAAGCAUGUCACCCUCUCCCACGGAGAAGCAACACAGGCAAACCAGCUGUAAUAAUGAGAUUUGCCAACAGAAAGCAUAAGAUGCAAUUGUUAAAACAAGGGAAGAAACUGAAAGGCUCAGAUGUGUUUUUAAAUGAGCACUUAACAAAAAAAAAUGCAGAUAUUGCAAAAAAGGCGAGACUACUAAGGAAACAGGGGAAAAUCCAAAACACUUGGACACAAAACUGCAAGAUUUUCAUCAAGCUGAAGGGAUCUCCAGAAGAGGCCAAGAUCUUGGUCAUCCGAGAUAUUGGGGAACUGGACAAAUUCUGAGGGAGCCAAAUAAAGCAAUUUACAAUCAUGACACAAGGACUGGACACUGGACACUGGACACAAGAACUGGACACUUUCCAUUAUACUGAGCACAAAAUACAAGAUAUGGAAAAUAAUAUUGAUCCGGAAAAUAAUCUUUUCAGCAACAUCAAUAUCAGCUGCCGGUAUUACACUGAAUAUCAAUACAAUGCAAAGAUCAGAGACGGAAAUAAGAUAUCAAUUAUUCAUUUCAAUAUCAGAAGUCUGUAUGCCAAUUUCCAUAAAAUGAAGGAAUAUCUCAGUCAGUUCAAUACUCCAUUCAAUAUAAUAGCCAUA